AUGAGUGUGGAGAUUGCACAGUCCAUUCUUUGGUGUGAGAAAGCCUCAGGUGUGUGGAAGGAGCUUCAUGAGCGUUUUUCCCAUGCUGAUCUGUUUAGAAUCUCAGAAAUUCAAGAGGAAAUCUUCGGCCAGAGGCAAGGUUAUAACUCUGUUUCGAAAUUUUACAUUGCACUGAAAACCCUAUGGGAUGAAUUAGAUGUUUUGAAUCCUUUUCCUAUUUGUACAUGCAAUCCUAAAUGUUCAAGUGGUGCAAUCAAGAAAAUUAAAGAGGAGCAAAACAAGAAUCAAGUGGUUAGAUUCUUGCGAGGGCUGAAUGAUCAAUAUUCAGGUGUUAGAUCACAACUAAUGCUCUUAGAUAAUCUUCCCAAUGUGAACCGAGUUUUUGCACUAGUUGCUCAACAAGAACAACAGUUUGCCACUGAGAUUGCUUCCAUGCCAAAGGCUUUUCUUGUGGUUAGCGAUGAUACAUCAGACUCCAAGAGAAAUCAAGGGAGUAGUAAUGGUUGGAAUAACAGAUACACUUUUAAGAAAUGUUCUUGGUGCAGAAAAAUGGGUCACACAAUUGACAUUUGUUAUAGGAAACACGAUUUCCCUGCUGGUUUUAAGUUCAAGAAUUCUAAAAACAUUGCUCCAAGAUCUGCAUAUAUGGUGAUGGCUGAGAGAAAUGAGACCAACUGUCCAGAUGAUUCAUCAGGAAAGGAUACACAAGGAGAUGCACGAUUUGGUUUUACUAUGAGCCAAUAUCAGAAUUUGAUGGCUCUACUGCCGUAG